AUGUCCGGCUCACAUUCCGACAGCUCAAACGGCGGCGGCGGCGCCGCUGACGGCGAUGGCAGUGCCUCGGGCACCAGCACAGCGGGCCCUUCGUCUCUCGCAUACCAACCCAUCCAGGAGGAACAGGAGGAACAGGAGGAACAGGAGGAACAACAGGAGCAUCCCGACCACUCCCCUCCCUCAUCGUCGCAACCCGCCGCAACGCCGACCAAGACACGUGUACCCAGCGUCACGUUCCAAGAUCCUUCCAACUCCUCUUCGGCAGCCAGCACAGACUCGGAUGAGCCACACACCGCCGGCACCAAUCAACGCAUCCCCGCCGCAGGUUUAGGCACCCGCACCGGCCCGCGUCGCGCGCCCCGCUCCAGCUCGUCAUUGCGCCAUGUCACCACCAAUCGCGCACGCACCUCCAGUCUCGCACAGCCGGUGCCAGAGGAUAGCGACCUCUCCACGGAACCCAGCUAUUUCGGCGAUCCAACUGCAAGCGUCGUCGCUCGUCAGCUCGACGUCGAGAAGCGCAGGGCUCAAAGCCAACGCCGCACAGACGCCGCCCUCAUGGCGGACCUCGACGAUGACGACGACGACGACGAAGAUGACGACGACCUCCACGCCGAGUCGAUGUCGUUCACGGAUCGCCGCGACGCCAACAGUGUCGAUCAAGCCGCAGCACGCACCUCUCGCAACGCUCAGGCUGCCGCAGCAGCAGUAGCGGCGGAAGAGUACGACUACUUCUCUCGCAGUGGCUCCAACUAUGAUGCCGCCAAUGCCAACACCGCUGCUACAGCAUCCGUCAGCGGUGGCUCAGGCAGCAAAGCCAACCGCCUCUCCUGGUCAAGCGCAAGUGCCAGCGACGACAGUGACGACUGGGACGCCGAAGGUCAUGCCCUGAUCGCCCCAACCCUUCCGCCUGGCCCACGCUCCCUAGCGCCGCUUCUCGACCCCCUCGCUCCAUCCAUCGAUGCUCCUCCAGGCGUCACAGCCACGCCCGGUCCAAGCUUCCCCCAAGACCUUCACACCCCCGCAGAUCUCGGCGACCACGAGACGCCCAUCCUCAAUCCACAGCACCGCAUGGAGUGGCAGAGCAUGCUCGAAUCCGUACUCAACUCCGAAGUCCUCAAAUCAGAGACAAAACGCAUCAAUUCGGUCGACACCCCGGACCUCUCCCGCCAAGAGCUCAGCUACCAGCGCUGGCUCGACAUCAGGGCCACCCUCCGCGGUCGUGGCAUGCAGCGGGGCGCCAUCGACGAAGAGCAGAAGCGCCUCAAGGAUGGCUUUGGCAAGAUGCUCAACGACCUCGUUGCCGAGGUGCGCGACUGCCGCGCCCAGCACAUCGCCAGCGCCGACAGUCGCGAGCUACGUCCUAGCUCGUCUGCAGGCAACCUUUCCAGUUCGGGCGUCCAGGACAAGCCCGCCUCUGCCUCCGAAGCCUCCGCCGAAACACAGUCCGACAGACGCGACUCCGACUCCGCAUCGGUCGCUACCGCCGCCACGGACAAGGAGAUGGUGCUCGCCGAGAUCGGCGCGCUUCUCAGCCGCAUCGACAGCGCAGAAGAGCAGUUCCCUAGCACAAGACUAGCCGUCGAAAUCGUUCCUGCGUGGGGAGAGCCAGAAGUUCAGUCAAAGCUCGCCGCGCUUUACAGUUGGUUCAACACCACCACCUCGCUCCGCCUCCAGAUCGACAUCCUACGCAAGUGGACCGGUUCCGACACGCUCGAGAUCGCAGCACACAGCGCGCGCAACUGGGACAGCGAGUGCAAAAAGAGCGCAGAGCAGCACGACCAGCCGCGCUCGGGUCGCCCUCCCGUCGACGAUGAGAGCACCUUUGUCGAAAGAAUUCAAAAGGAAGGCUCGCUCCAGUCGACGUUUGAGAAGCGCACCCUCGCCAGCCUCUACCAGCUCAUCACAAAGGCAAAGGAGACCAUCUUCAAGCACCACAAGGAGUUCGAGCGCAUGGCCCUGCCCUCCUUCGAGCCCGAGUUGGUCACGCUCAUCAACUUCCCCACCCGUCUCAUGCAGGGCGCCCUGCGCUUGCGUCUCGAUUACGCCGGCAAGCUCGCCGAGCCCAGUGUCCUCAUCGUCGACUCGCUCACAGACGACCUGCGCACUGCCCUUGCCAUGGCCUGCAGAGUCAAGCUCCACUACACUGGCAUCAUUGUCGCCGACCCCGAUCGCGGAUGGGAUCUGGCUCCUUGCAUUGCCGAGGGCUACGACGACGUGCUGCGUAGCGCGCUCAAGUUCUUCUUCAAGUUGCUCCGACUCAAACUCAAGGCAAGCGUCUACUUUAAAGAGACGGAGAUCUUGGAACCCGAAUGGCGUUUCCUCAGCACCGCCGUGGAGUCGAUCGAGGGCGGAGACAUCAUCGUGGCCACCAACAUCACCCGCUUCGUCAACAAGCUCUUUGACCGUAUCGCGCGCUACUUCAACCGCGAGCUGACAGCCACCAUGCUCCAGCAGGAUCAGCAUGGCCGUCGUCUACCCAAGCCCACCUCGGGUCCCGUCGGUCUCGCGAAACCGGAGCCCGCCUCAAAUUUGGGUUCCGCCGCUGCCACCGGCCGAGACGUCCACGGAAAGAGCUUCAUCACCCUCGAGGAUCGCGCAAAGUGGAUUCACAGCGUCUUCGACAAUGUGCGCAUCCGAUCGCGAAAGCUGCUUGGUUUUGCCCGAGACAUCCGAAAUCGUCUCGACAAUGCGGCGGAAUAUGACCUCGGCACCCUGCGGCCCUCGGCCGAAUACCUCGAAGCCGAUGACCGCUCCGUCGCCGAGUACAGUGACGUCGCAUCCUCCAGCGCCAUGACGCUCAGCUCCUUCAUGCUCACCUUGAUCGACCACGACUACUUUCUCGUCUACACCGAGGCUCUCGAAGAGAACGGCAUCUAUCUGGUUGCCGAGCCCAGCCUGCAGGACAAGCCUGAGCUCAUUCAGGACCUCGUGUGCAAGUGCUUGCAUCGCGUCCGUCCGGGUGACGAGGACUCCGUCAUGGCCGCCGAGGCCACCGCCAAUGCGCUCAACGCCGAUGGCGACGACGGCGACGAAACGACCGCCGCCGGAGUCGGAAACGCAAACGCAUUGCGCGAACAGAUCGACAAGCAGACGGGUGCCGCCUCUGCAUCUGGCGUUGCUGGCGCCGGCGCCGGUCGCAGUGACGAGGAUGCUGAAAGUCAUCCACGAUACAUCCUCCUACUCAGUCCGCGUGACCCUUUCAUGUGGACGGGCAAAGUGAUGCACCACAUCAUGCCCCGCGUCGACAUUGCGUUGGCCGACCGCCGCGUGCGCCUCAUCGCAGACGGUGCAAAGGGACGCCUGGAGCUCGCCAAGCGCCACUUUCAGAGCAUCUUUUCGCAGCCAACCCAGGGUGGCGCGCCCGAAGACGAGGACGCGAGCGACGAUGGGCACAACACGUUCCCGCUCGAGACGCUCAACGAGCAGAUGGCGCACAUGAGCCGCGUGCAAUCCGGCCUCGAGGAGAUCAACAAGGGCGUGUACAUGCUUUCGGACACCAUCAUCCGCAAGGUACCCGAGAUCCGCCGACGUCUCCGCGGCCUGGGCGUGCGUGCACGAGCCAAGAGCGGCACGCCGCGCUCCACGACGUCCGAUAACACGGCAGGCGCGCUGGGCGGCAGUUGCGACGAGCUCAUCCAGAACUGCUACUCGAUGGCAGCCGAGCAUGGACGUCGUGCGCUGCCGUUUAUCGAGUCGGUGCGUCUGCGCGACCAGAUGACGCUCGCCUUGGGCCGGCUGGCGAUCGACUGGAUUGCCUUUAUCUGUGACGACUGCAUACCGAGCGAGCGCAAGACAUUCAAGUGGGCCGUCUCGGCGCUGGGAAACGCCAACCACAUCACCUCUGCCGAAAACAUCUUCCGGCUCAACGAGCAGGACUUUGCGCUGCUGCGCAGCAAAGUGGCGUCGUGCAUGGCGCUGCUCAUCUCACACUUUGACAUUCUGGGCGCGAGGAGCAGCGUGGCCAAGGCGCAGGAAGAUCAGGAGCGCCUCGAGCGCGAGAAGGCCGAGCGCCACCGCAUCUCGGCCGGCGGCGCGGAUGCAGCCCAGAGCCUGUCCGAGGACUUCCAGGCGCUGCGGCUGCAGAGCAACGGCGAAGCACCGUCUUCUGCCCAGGUCGAGCGCGCCAAAUCGGCGCUGGUGGGACCAGGAAUCGGCGCACAGAUGCUGAUCAACAAGCUGGACGCGGGGAUGCAAGCGACCGAGGAGCGCUGGAUCUCCAAGGUGCUCGAGUGGGAUGCAGCGCGCAGCCAGAUGGAGGCGGAACAGCGUCUUAUCGGACGCGUGCUGGACGACACCCGUCUCGAGGAUCGCAGCUUGCAAUUCCUUGCGCAGUCGGCAUCCAAGAUCACCAUCCGUUGGCAACAGGGCCAAUUCAUCGGCGGCGGCACGUUCGGCACGGUGUACCUCGCGGUGAACCUGGACAGCGGAGGACUGAUGGCGGUCAAGGAGAUCCGAUUCCAGGACAUUUCGUCGACGCCAAGCCUGUAUCAGCAGAUCAAGGACGAGAUGGAGGUCAUGUCGAUGCUCAGCCACCCGAACAUUGUCGAGUACUACGGCAUCGAAGUGCACCGCGACCGCGUGUACAUCUUCGAGGAGUACUGCCAGGGAGGCUCGCUGGCCGCGCUGCUCGAGCACGGGCGCAUCGAGGACGAGGCGGUGAUCCAGAUCUACACGCUCCAGAUGCUCGAGGGUCUCAUCUAUCUGCACUCGCAGGGCAUCAUCCAUCGCGAUAUCAAGCCGGACAACAUCCUGCUCGACCACAUGGGCGUGCUCAAGUACGUUGACUUUGGUGCCGCCAAGAUUCUGGCCAAGAACAGCCGCACGAUUCAACGCUCGCGCAAGACGGGCGGGCUGGGCAACAUAGGCAUGAUGGCGGCGGGCGAGGCGGGCAAGCAAGGCGGACCGGCAGGCGCCAUGGCGAGUCUGCAGGGCACGCCCAUGUACAUGUCGCCUGAGGUCAUCAAGGGCAACGCCGACGUGCCUCAGUCGGCCGCAGACAUCUGGAGUCUUGGCUGCGUCGUCCUCGAGUUCGCCACGGGCAAGCGGCCGUGGAGCAACUUUGACAACGAGUGGGCGAUCAUGUUCCACAUUGGCAUGGCCGAGCAGCACCCGGCGCUGCCGGAUCCGAGCCAGCUCUCGCCGCUGGGUAUCGAGUUCAUCCGGCAGUGUCUCACGAUCAAUCCGCGCCAGCGACCGACGGCGAUCCAGCUCAAGGAGGACCCGUGGAUGCUGAGCCUGAUCGAGGAGCUGGAUGCGGCGAAUGCGGCCGAGGAGGCUGCGGAGCUGGCGGGCGGCGGGAUGCUGGCCGAAGGCGGAUACGACGAUACGGCGAGCCAUUCGAGCGGGUCGAGCGUCAACUCGCUCGAGCCGGGCCACCACGCGGGUGCGUUCGGCGCGGCGCCGGCGACGCCCGGCGUGGGAUCGGCGUUCAAGAGCCUGGACCGCAACGUGAGCUCGCUCAACAGCACGCGCAGUCGGUGGUCCAACAGCGAAGCGGCCGCCUCGGCGUCGAGUGGAGGCACAGGCAUCACGACGCCGUACAAUCCGAGCAUGAGCCUGCGCGCCAGCCUUGGCUUCCGUCAGCAGCAGACGCAGCAGCAGAAGGCGGAUGCGACGGGAGAUUCGGAUGUGCAGAUGAACGACGGUGAGAGUGGGAUCGGUGCGAGCAGGCCAAAGCACGUGCCUGGCCAUCCGAACCACACACACCCUGGGUCGGAAGCGAUCGUGGCCGACAUGCAGUACCACAAGGAAGAGGUGCAGCGCCAGGCGAUGCUGCGCAACGAUUCGGAGCUCAGCACGCUUCCGGACGAGUCGUAG